AGGCUGUGAUGGCACCCCGUCAGGCCCUGCAAAUGGCGCUGCUGCUCCUUCUCUCUGGGGUCCUGGUCCCUGCGGUGCUCACAGCCGAGGGCCCGCAGGAGCCGGCGCCCACCCUGUGGAACGAGCCCGCCGAGCUGCCGUCGGGAGAAGGCCCUGUGGAAGGCACCAGCCCCGCCUGGGAGCCCGCGGCCACCGGCCCCCCGGCCCCCACCGCCGCGCAGGGCCCGGAGGACAGCUCGACCGGGGAGCGGCUGGACCAGGGCGGCGGCUCUCUGGGGCCCGGCGCCAUCGCGGCCAUCGUGAUCGCCGCCCUGCUGGCCACCUGCGUGGUGCUGGCGCUCGUGGUCGUCGCGCUGAGGAAGUUUUCCGCCUCCUGA